AUGGAGACGAAUCGAGGAUCUCCGACCUCAAAUCCGGGGAACCGGGAUGGAGGUGCAGGCGCAUAUCCGAGUCACAAACGCGCACGACACAGUCCGCCGGAGCCUGGGCCUGCAGGAGACGAGCUUGAUGCCGUUGAUGCAGCUGCUGCGACGUUACAGGGGAUAGCCAAGGUGAACAGCAACGCGAGUAGUUUCCGCAACGUGAGUGCGUGUAAUCGCUGUCGGUUGAGGAAGAAUCGCUGUGACCAGCGCCUGCCCAGUUGUGCGAGCUGUGAGAAGGCGAAUGUGAAGUGCGUGGGCUAUGAUCCCAUCACUAAGAGGGAGAUCCCUAGGAGCUAUGUCUUCUACCUCGAAACUAGAGUCGGAUACCUGGAGAAGCUCCUCCAAGACAACGGCAUCCCCUUUGCCGCUGCCGAAGUCCUCGAUCACAGCUCCCGUCCAGGCGCAGACCCAAACACGGUCCAGACACCGAGCGACGAUGGGGUGCCAUUCAACGGCAAUACUGCGAUCACCUCGAAUAAGCAAUCGCCGCAGGAGGUGGCAUGGAAUAAGAAACAGGACGAAUCUGACAAACUCAAUAAGCUCGUCUCGAAUAUCGGCAGUGUGUCGGUCCAGGGAGCUUCGGAUUCAAGAUACCUGGGCUCUACGUCAGGAAUCUCCUUUGCGAGGGUGGUCUUCGCCGCAGUCAAGUCCUCGGUUUCAGGGGGAAAUAGUGAUCGGAGUGGAGUUCGACCAUCCAAAGCCCCUACCACCGCCAAACCAACCGGGACCUCGAUGCGUGAUUCUUUCUUUGGAUUGCACACUAAACCUACUAUCAAGCAAGCUCCUUUCCCAGAUAUAGACGUCGGGCGCCGGCUGGUGGAGUUUUACUUCGAGCACGCGAACCCCCAGAUCCCUAUCCUCCACCGGGGCGAAUUCAUGAAGAUGUUCGAGCAGGCGUACGCCGAAGGAGAUGCACGCGUGCGGACCCCCAGGGAACUGUAUAUGCUCAAUAUCGUCUUCGCGAUCGGAAGCGGAAUCUUCUUGGGCGAUUCGGGCGACAAGGAAAAGGAGGAGAAAGGGGAGAAGGGACGUCAGCCUCGACGGACAGCGGCCGGACGGCAGCACCAGCCCGAGGAGUACCAUGCCUCUGCCAUCGUACAUCUGGAAGCAUGCCUCAGUUCAUCAAAUUCGCCCGAUCGGCCGGAUGGCUUCGGUGGCGGUCUGGAGGAGCUGCAGGCCGUCUUGCUCCUGGCGGGCUUUGCGCUCCUGAGACCCGUGGCCCCGGGACUGUGGUAUAUUGUUGGGGUGGCAGUCAGGUUGGCUGUUGAUCUCGGUCUACAUUAUGAGGAUGGCAAGGAUAUUGAUGUAGGGCUCGACGAGGUGGGUUUGAAGAGCGAGGAUAAUGAUCGUGUGAGGAUGCUGCAAGAACGCAUUGCGAGGGAACGUGGGAGGAGGGAGUGGGUCAGGGACUUUAGGAGGAGGCUGUGGUGGUGCACGUAUUCCUUUGAUCGACUUGUCUCUACGUGCGUGGGUAGACCCUUUGGCAUUACGGACCAGGUAGUGACGACCGAAUUCCCAAGUCUACUCGACGACAAAUAUAUUACCCCGACUGGAUUCCUGGAUCCUCCUGGCGGAGCUGCAGAACCUACUUACAAACAUGCCGCGUAUCACUACUUCCGACUCAGAUUACUCCAGUCAGAAAUCUUGCAGGUGUUGCAAUACCAGCAAGCGCAGAUCGCACGAGCAGGCGGUGCGAACCAAUGGAAUCCGUACAUGCACACCUCGCUCCCGUCCCCCUUCCUCUCAAAAUUUGACAGCUUCCGCUCCUGGCGCAUCGACAUCGACAAGCGGCUAUGGGAAUGGAAAACCUCCGCGCCCACCAAGCGGGAGACGGGGGUGGCCUUCUCGGUCGAGUUCCUCGAGCUCAAUUACUGGCAAUGCGUGAUCAUGCUCUACCGGCAAAGUCUGAGUGUACCGCCCUUGUUCGAAGGAGAGUAUAGCACCAGCGAAGAGGUACAGAGCCCCAGCAUGCAGCAUGUGGAGAUUCGCGAGGAUGAAGAGAGGGUAUUCUUGAAGGUAGCGGAGGCUGGGCAGCGAGUCCUGAGGCUGUAUAGGCAGUUGCACCGCGUGCAUCUUGUUAACUAUACUUUCCUGGCUACGCACCAUCUCUUUAUGGCGGGGAUCUCGUUCCUCUAUGCUAUCUGGCACUCGCCUGUUGUGCGGAGUCGUUUGACGAUGGACGAGGUAGACUUUACUAUUUUAGCUGCAACUUCCGUCCUUGGCGAUCUGAUUGAGAAAUGCCCACCAGCAGAAGCCUGUCGUGACGCUUUCGACCGCAUGUCCAAAGCCACAGUCCAGAUGUGCAUGUCCACCACGGGCUUCAGUUCCUCGGCCCAGGGCCUCAGCACCCAUCGCCCUUCCCACUCCAACAAAGAAGGUGGCGAUUAUUUCCCUUCUAAUACCAGCAAAUCUGGAUUCCGUCCUGCCCCAUCGCGCCCAAAACCUCAAUUCGACAUGGCGCUCAACGAUCUUCUAGGUCCCAGUCCUCCGCAGACUGGAUCGUCACGGAAUAUGGGGAAAGCAGUGAAGAACGAGUUCGACUACAGACCAAACACCUCUGUCACAGCCUCAAAUCUACGCCAGAAUACAGCGCAAUCUCAACCACAGACAAUGAACAGUCCAUCCGAAUACGCAAUGUCGCCUCCCACGUCCUCUUCUCACGACAACUCCGCCAUCGACCCCUCCCUCCUCCCCUCGCCUCAACCCUACAACUCUCUCCCGCACCCCUCGCAGAACCCGAGUCAGAACCAGAACCAGCACUCGCCGACUCCCACAUACCCGCCCACCUCAAAUCCGUACCCGGAGUUCUCAUUCGCGCCAUCGGCGCCCAGCAUGGACUUCCUGCAGGGCAGUGGCUGGGAGAACGACGUGCAGGGUGGCAUCGGGAACGGCGGCAAUGGCGGCUUCUCUGGCUACGGUGCGGAGGGCGGCGACCUGGGCGUCGGCCUUGGCUGGGAGGGCGUGGACCAUGAUUUCAGCGGCGGUGGCAACGGCGGCCUGCCGGAUCUGUUCGAAGGAUUUUUCUUUGGUGGAGCGGGGAAUUAUGGAUAG